AUACUUUUGUUCCCCAAAUCCUAGGGUUUUCAGGAAAAAAAUGUCAGCAAGUGAAUUUCUCCGUCCAUCAAUCCACAACAGAUUCCACUGCACGAAUUCAAAUUCCAAUCUUCUGUAUCUACAUGGCGCAAUCUUCUUUCCUAAUCGACUUAGGGUUUUUUCCCGAGAAACACGCCGUUUUAUCUACGAUUCAAUCCCCUUCUCUUCGGUUAACCUUUCAAAAGGCUGCCAAACAUUUAAUUUGUGGCCUGGUUUCGGUUUGUUACGCAAUAAUAAAAAAUUAAGGGAAUUUAGAUUUUGUGCAAGUUCUCGAGAUGGAGAUGGAGAUGGAGAUUCGAAUGAAACAAGCGAGAGUGAGAGUGCGAGUGCAAGUCAGUCUCCGAACAGUACGGGCUCUUCGACGAACCGAAAGAGAGAGAAACGGAACAAGAGUGACGGGUUUUGGUGGUCAAAGGGGAAGAAGUUUCGGUGGCAACCGAUAAUUCAGGCGCAGGAAAUCGGAGUUUUGCUUUUGCAAUUAGGGAUAAUUAUGUUUGUUAUGCGGUUGCUCCGACCUGGAAUUCCGUUGCCCGGGUCGGAGCCAAGGACCCCAACGACUUUUAUUAGCGUUCCGUACAGUGAUUUUUUGAGUAAGAUUAAUGGUAACCAGGUGCAGAAAGUGGAAGUGGACGGUGUCCAUAUAAUGUUUAAAUUGAAAAAUGAGGGAGGUAUUCAAGAGAGCGAGGCGAUGACGAGUCAGAAAUUUCAAGACUCCGAAUCAUUGUUGAAAAAUGUGGCACCAAGUAAGAGGAUAGUGUACACCACUACGAGGCCCACUGAUAUCAAGACACCGUAUGAGAAGAUGCUUGAUAAUCAGGUGGAGUUUGGUUCACCAGAUAAGAGGUCCGGUGGAUUCAUGAACUCAGCUUUGAUAGCUCUGUUUUAUGUUGCAGUGCUUGCAGGGCUUCUCCACCGCUUUCCUGUGAGCUUUUCUCAGACAGCUGGUCAAAUUGGUAGUCGCAAGUCCCGGGGUCCUGGUAGUGCUAAAGUUUCUGAGCAAGGUGAAACAAUUACCUUUGCUGAUGUUGCUGGUAUUGAUGAGGCAAAGGAAGAGCUGGAAGAAAUUGUGGAAUUUUUAAGGAAUCCAGAUAGAUAUAUACGUCUUGGUGCUCGUCCUCCUAGGGGUGUUCUACUGGUGGGUCUUCCUGGGACAGGCAAGACUCUUUUAGCAAAAGCUGUGGCUGGGGAAGCUGAAGUUCCAUUUAUAAGUUGUUCUGCAAGUGAGUUUGUGGAGUUGUAUGUUGGCAUGGGUGCGUCCCGUGUAAGAGAUCUCUUUGCACGAGCGAAGAAGGAGGCCCCGUCAAUCAUUUUUAUAGAUGAGAUAGAUGCUGUUGCAAAAAGUCGUGAUGGUCGAUUUCGCAUUGUUAGCAAUGAUGAACGAGAACAAACUUUGAACCAGUUGCUCACUGAGAUGGAUGGAUUUGAUAGCAAUUCUUCUGUAAUAGUUCUUGGAGCUACAAACCGCUCUGACGUCUUGGACCCUGCACUUCGCCGACCAGGGAGAUUUGAUCGUGUGGUUAUGGUGGAGACACCUGAUAGGGUCGGAAGAGAAUCCAUUCUAAAGGUACAUGUCUCGAAGAAGGAACUCCCACUUGCAAAGGAUGUUGAACUUUCUGAUAUUGCCUCUAUGACUACUGGUUUUACUGGGGCAGAUCUUGCAAAUCUGGUGAAUGAAGCUGCUCUGCUGGCUGGAAGACAAAAUAAAGUUGUUGUGGAGAAAAUUGACUUUAUUCAAGCAGUGGAACGAGCAAUAGCAGGCAUAGAGAAGAAAACUGCCAAGUUAAAGGGGAGUGAGAAGGCUGUAGUUGCUAGGCAUGAAGCUGGUCAUGCAGUAGUAGGUACUGCAGUGGCAAGUCUUCUUCCUGGACUGCCACAUGCGGAGAAGUUGAGCAUAUUGCCGAGGUCAGGAGGGGCAUUGGGCUUCACUUAUGUUCCUCCUGUAAAUGAAGACCGAUAUCUGCUCUUCAUUGAUGAGUUAUGUGGUCGCUUGGUUACUUUACUUGGUGGACGUGCAGCAGAAGAAGUUGUUUAUUCAGGUCGUGUUUCCACUGGUGCACUCGAUGAUAUACGGCGCGCAACUGACUUGGCAUAUAAAGCAAUAGCUGAAUAUGGUCUUAAUCAGACAAUAGGUCCUGUGUCUUUAGCAACGCUUUCCGGUGGUGGGAUUGAUGAGUCUGGGGGUUCUGCUCCAUGGGGAAGGGAUCAGGGGCAUCUUGUUGACCUUGUUCAAGGAGAGGUGAAAGCAUUGUUGCAAUCUGCUCUUGAAGUAGCACUUUGUGUUGUUCGUGCUAACCCGGAUGUUUUGGAGGGUCUCGGUGCUCAUCUGGAAGAAAAAGAGAAAGUAGAAGGUGAAGAGUUACAAGAAUGGUUGAGAAUGGUGGUUGCACCUAAAGAACUGUCAGCCUUUGUUUUAGGCAAGCAAGAGUCACUUCCCCCUCUGCGGGUAUCCCUACUCCCACUCCAGGGAAGUUCUGGGUAAUAACUACAGCUUACAUCACUGUCCAAAGCUAAAAGCAAAACAGAAUCGACUUGUGGCAGUUUGUGUCGUAUCUUGGAUGCAAAUACAAUCUCAUGAUUGUCAUUAACUCACCGAUACACAGCUUAUGUAAAUUUCCAGCAAGGUAAAUUUUGAUAUCAUUUAACUCCGACAGCCUCCAUCAUGUUCUGGCUCACAUUGUAUGGUGCAAAACUUAAGAAAGAAGAUGGGAAAUCAUAAGAUUUGUUUUCGACAGUUUUCUCAAGUGCCUCACCAUUUUGACAUUAUGUGUGAAUGCCUGGGUUGGUGUCAGAAAUCUUUUGUAAUAUCACAUUUGUUUCAGUUAAUAUAUAUUUCGAAUAUUGGCAUUUGGAACAGUUAUUCCGUUGUAUAUGUUUAUAUGUUAUGAGUACAUGAAAAUAUAUGAUAUGUAUUCCGCCUGUUGUUUCAGAUAGGCAAUAUACCUUGAAUCAGAGUCUAGUAUGUGGCAUUUUGUACUGUAAAUUCUUUAUGUAUGUUUGAUCAGGUUUUCGAGUGAUUUAUCAAAUGUAUGUUGUUGCUGUCCUCA